AUGGAUGCGGCCUACUUUCUACGCGUGCAGGUCCUGACAUUUCGGAUGAUGGGCUUCGACUUGUGGGAGAGCGGCAGCAAAAACGAUCGUUCGCAGAUAACGUUAGUGGUAAUGAUCCUGUCGAUCGCGUUUCUGGUGCCGCUGCUCUUCUCCGCAGUGCUAAACGUGUCCACCGUGAGCAUCAUGAGCGACGCCUUGGGCUCGGUGCUGGCCAUCAUUGUGUGCGUUGUCAAGUACUUGGUAUUUGUCUACUAUCGCAAGAGCUUUGUGCGUCUGAUCUAUCGCAUUCGCGACAUACUAGAGAGGGAGAUGCGAGCAUUGCCGGAAAUAAUUCCUAUUGUGGAGAGGGAGAAUCGCAACGAUCAAUCGCUGAGCCUGGCAUACAUGCGCUGCUUCUUUGUCGCAUGCGUCUUCGCUGCGGUCAAGCCGGUCAUAGUCAUGCUAACGCUGCGGCUGCGAACGGGUCGCACCCACCUGGAGCUGCCGCACGCGGGCGUCUAUCCGUGGAGUGACCAGGCGUUGCUGCCCUAUGUGCCCACUUACCUGUGGAACCUAAUGGCCAGCUAUGGCGCCGUAACCAUGUCCCUGGCCAUGGACACACUGCUCUUUGCCUUCACAUACAAUGUGUGCGCCCUGUUCAAGAUUGCCCAAUAUCGCGUUCGGCAUUUGCAGCCCAUCAGCGAUGCGCCGCGCCGCGAGCUGGACGAACUGGUGCAGGUGCUGCAGCUGCAUCAGACCGGCCUGGAUAUUGGCACCCAGCUGAGCCACAGCCUGCGACCACUGGUGUUCAUACAGUUCUUUGUGUCGGCUGUGCAGCUCUGCUUUGUUGGCUUCCAGCUGGCCGACCUGUUCCCCACCCUGGAGUGCAUAUACUUUAUCUUCUUUGUCGGCUCGAUUGUUAUAGCCCUGUUCAUAUAUUCGCAUUGCGGCGAGAACAUGAAGCAGGCCAGCGUCGACUUCAGCGCGGCCCUCUACGACAGCAGCUGGGUGGACUUUGCGCCGGCGACCAGGCAGGCGCUCAUCGUGGCCAUAAUGCGCGCCCAGUUCCCUUGCCAGCUGAACGGCUACUUCUUCGAGCCCAACAUGGCCAACUUUUCAGCGGUGGUUCGCUCGGCCAUAUCGUACGUCAUGAUGCUGCGCUCCUUCAAUGGCUAG